AUGGCAGAAAGCGCCAGCAAGAUCCUUGAGGGUGUCUUCGCGAUCAACAAACCGCUCCAUCUUUCCUCCGCCCAAGUCCUGCGUGAUCUGCAGGAGCACUUUCGCUCCUCCGUCUUCUUUGCACCGCUUUUGCAUUGGCAGUCGAAACAGGCUUUACAGGAUGUCAAUAAGUCCAGGCGGAAAAGACGUGCUGCUGCUGAAAACAUCAAAAUCGGGCACGGCGGCACAUUAGAUCCACAGGCGACAGGCAUUUUGGUGGUUGGUGUAGGGAAGGGCACAAAACAAAUGAACAGUUUCCUUGGCUGCUCGAAAACCUAUGAGACUACUGUGUUGUUCGGAAGGAGCACUGAUACCUACGAUGUGGCAGGGAAGGUUACCGCUUCGGCAUCGCACUCACAUGUGACCAGGGCCUUGGUGGAAGAAAAGCUUGCUUCUUUUCGAGGAAAAAUCAAGCAGGUGCCACCCAUUUACAGUGCGCUGAAAAUCAACGGAAUGAAAGCAUAUGAGUAUGCAAGGACAGGGAAAGCACUGCCACGAGAGCUACAAUCUCGCGACCUGGAAGUGGAGCAGUGUGAAAUAGUCGAAUGGCUUGAAGGAGGUACACAUGAAUAUCGUUGGCCUGCUACGGAGGCGUCUGAGGAACUCAAGCAGGUGGCUACAACGAUGAUGUCGGCUGCGCAGAACGAAAUUCAAGGGCCUGAAAGUUUGCAAAAGAGAAAGCGGUCAGACACAAUGAAUGAGGACGAAACCGAUAAUGGCAGCAUCGUCAAGAAACAAAGGACAGUUUCUAGGGGAGCCACCCUCGACUUAGGUCCAAAGUCAAUGUUUGGAGAUGCAGAGUCGAAACGUAAGAGCCUGAUCCAGGAAUCUUCACGGACUUCCUAUACGUUGAUCCACGAAGGAAUGACGGCCGAUGAGAAGGCUAAACUACAUACACACGAAUUGAGACCGCUAUCAUCAGAGGUUUGUCUGGCGCCUGCUGCACGAAUCCGUGUAACUGCUUCAAGCGGUUUCUACGUCCGCUCUUUUGCUCACGACCUUGGUAUGGCCUGCAGCUCACUUGCACUGAUGGCGACCUUGUUCAGAAGCAGACAAGCAGAGUUUGAUGUCAAGUCAGCGCUCACGUAUCAGGAUCUCGAAAACGGCGAGAACGUUUGGGGUCCAAAAUUGCAGAGCAUGCUCGAGAAUUGGAAUGCGCGACAUCCUGAGGAAUCAAGAACUGACAGAAGGGACAUGUCGGAAAAUUUCCGGACACCAUCCUGGGAACAAGGGGGUGAUCAAGGGCAGAGAGCAGAUACAAGUAUGGUUAAGAAGAACGGAGCAAAGCGGACUUCUCAUAGGGAGCGUAGGAAUACUAGUUCUGGCGAAGAUUGA